AUGAAAGUGGUGGAGAGGAACGUGAUGCGGCUGCUGGCCGUGCAGCACCUCCGCACCGCGUAUGGCGUCAAGACAAAGAACUGGAACAAAAACAAAGCGUCCAGCUGUAAGACCCCAGCCAGCAGCUCGACAAAGGUUUUCGGUGUAUCCCUGGAAAUCUUACCAUACUACAAUAUGGAAAGUGGGAGCGUGCCAAGCUUUCUGGUUGAUGCGUGUAUGAAUCUGCUGGCACAUGUUGACACAGAGGGGCUGUUCAGAAAAUCGGGCUCUGUCAUUCGCCUCAAAGCACUCAGGGCAAAACUGGAUGCGGGCGAGGAGUGCCUGUCCACCGCACUCCCCUGUGACGUCGCCGGUCUGGUCAAGCAGUUCUUCAGGGAGCUGCCGGAGCCUCUGCUGCCCGCGGAGCUGCAGGAGGCCUUCCUCAAGGCCCAGCAGCUGCCCAGCGAGGAGGACAGGACCUCUGCCACCAUGCUGCUGUCCUGUGUGCUGCCCGACCGAAACCUCGCUGUCCUGCGUCACUUUUUUGACUUCCUCCAUAAUGUGUCUCUGAGGAGUGCAGAGAAUAAGAUGGACAGCAGUAACUUGUCUGUAAUACUGGCCCCUAACCUCCUUCACUCUGGAGACGGUACAGAGAAGAUGAACGCCAACACUGAGAAGCGCCUCAGGCUCCAGGCAGCUGUGGUCCAGUGCUUCAUAGAGAACGCCCUCCGUUUUGGUGUGUUGCCUCAGUUCCUUCUGGCAAAGGUUCCAGCCACGAUGGGCUGUGAGGGGGGGGUUCUGUCCCCGACUCCCAAUGAACUCGAGGAGCUGGACAUGAACUCAGGGAUGAAAAGGAAACAGAGACGCAGCUUCGGAGAUAUGGUCAGUGGUGCACUGAAUAAGAUAAAAACUAAUAGAACACCCACACAUGCCAGCCAGUCAGACAGUCUUGUCUUUUCCUCUGCAACUCCUGUGAUUGCGACCCCAUCGUCCAAGCGAAAGCUUCCCUCUGAAUCUGGUCACUCGUUUGGUUUCUCAAACAAGAAACGUAGAUCCGUCAAAAAGACCCUCGGGAUAGAUUUACUUCCUAAUACACUGUUCACCGGCCUUUCCACUCCUGGAUCAGCUUAUAGUGCCUCUGGGGUCUUGGACUCUUCCCAAAACGCCCCGUCCCCAGCCGGUAGGUCCAGAAGACAUUCAGUGACCUCUGUGAGGAGGAAGAGUCGACGACUUAGCAGCAGACAUGCUGUCAACAGAGUUGAAUCUGGACGGGCCGGCUGCUUUUCUCCUAAAGUCAACAAAAAAGAGGCUCCACGCAAGUCUCUGCGUUUGCGUUUCAGCCUGGGCAGGGGCAGCAAAGAAGCUGUAAGUGGAUCUGAGUCCAUUGGCUGGCGCCUUGCCACACAGGAGAGCACCACCAGUUUCCUUUUCACCAAAGAGACAGAGUUCAGUCCAUCAGUUCUGCCCAGAAAAAAAGAAUCCAAGAGCACCAAGUAUAUCAGUAAGUCUGAAGACAACCUGCUGACCCCCCAAUGCAACCCCCUCCAGACCUCAUGGAGUGUGGAGACCCCAGUGGGAGCCCAGGCCUUCAGCGGAAGGUCUUUCACAGAUACACCCAUGAACAUGUGCCUAAAGAACACCUACGUGUCUGAGCCGGCCAUCGUGGCGUCCAAGCCCCCGACCGUGAGCAGCCGUCCCAUGAAGCUGUGCUGUGCCUCCAGCGCCGAGAGCCUUGAGAGCGAGAGCUCCGUCGCUGAAGCCCAGAGCCAAACCGGCCCCACCCUGCUGAAAAUCAAGAAGGCCUUCACAGAGUCGGGCAGUGACCUCCAGGCCGUCGUACGGGACUCCUGCAGCUCUGCCGGAGCAAAGGUGACACAACCAUCAGACAGCGUCCCAGUCCAUCCACCAGAGACCCCUACACAUAGAGUUCAGUCUGUGGACACCCCCACCUUCCCAUUGAAGCAGUUCCUGGCUAAAGAUCAGAACAUUACCUUUGGCCAGUUUGAAAUAGCUGCUCUCUCUCCUCUGCAUAUUGACAGUGUAUUAUUUGAAUCUGGCGUAUACUGUAGUCCAGCACUGAAGGCUGAUAAAGGUGGAAGUUAUGUCGCUCCUGUCAGACCUAAUGGCUCCAUGGUUGGCGACAGUGAAAGUGAGGAGGAGCAGGUCAACUGCAGCAGGUUGAUCGACGCGCUGGACAUGCAGAGUCCCGCUCACUUCAAACUGGGUGUCACCUCCGGGCUGCAAUCCACGCCAUAUAAAAAAGGUUUUGAACUUCACCAUGAGCUUGGUACGUCUCCUAGAGUCGGUACUAAAAUCAGCACGGUACAAGAAACAGAUGAAUUUCCCCCAGAGAUCGAUACCAAAGUCCAGAGCCAGCAACCGCUCUCACCACGCAGCCUGGAGGUGGAGAAGCGGCGUGUGGCCGAACACAUUCAACAUUUCAACAAGCUCACCCUUCAUUCUCCCAGAGGCCCCAAGGGCCAGCACAUCAGGUCGCCCCUCAAGUUCCAGCGCACCCCCGUGCGCCAGACGGUCCGCAGGAUCAACUCCCUCCUGGGGGAGAACAGGAGGCCCACCAGGAGCAGCCUGUGCGGCCCUGUGGUCAAGGCAGUGAGCAUGGAGAGCGGCCUCUCCCCUCACCCACAGCUUCGGCCUCACCAGGAUGAGCCCCCAGCGGACCAGUCCAACAGCCGGUGUCCCAUAAAGAAACCACCUCCAGUGCCGCCCAAAAAGCCAAGCACCCUGGCCCGUAGACCCAGACUGUGCGCGUUAGGCGAUGUGACCAACAAGGUCCAACCAAAGACCAGAGUAGACUCUUCUGUGGCGGAGUCGUCGGGAGCUCCGAAGCCUCUGGUGCUGCAGGUCGCUGAGAAGGAGAUGAACCAUUACAGAGGUUCACCGAGGAAUCCUCUGAACCAGGCACGACUGCUGUCUGCCACCAGGCCUGUCGAUUUAUAGCCCGUCUUUUGGCCCUUUACUGUUUCUUCUUACUCUGCAGGUCUCUGUUAAAACUGCAUGACAUUGAACAUUCCUGCUUAUAAUAUCCAUAUGUUCAGGGUUUUAAUUUAUUUUCUAGCUACGGUAGUUUUGUGUUGUUAUUGGGAGAUGUUCUUAUGCCUUAUUUGAUUAGAAACUAAACAUCGACACAUAUCAGGCCACAAGAUUAUAUGUUUAGUAGCGCUGAGUAGAGUUUAGGCCAAAUGAUGUGACAGGAUGUGAUUGAGGGUGUGACUGGAAAAGUUUGGAUCAUGUCUUAGAUGUUUAUUUAUGCAUUAUGUAUCUAACCCUUUUGGUUAGAUGUUUACUGAGGGUGACGCUGUUUUAUUUUUUAUUUUUUAUUACAGAACAUUGUCUUACUAUUUUUCUCAUGAAAACAGAUGGAAAAAAAAGCACCUUUUUGUUAGAUUUGUAUAAAAGAGAAAAGAGAAGCCAGGCAGUAUUGAUCAAAUCAUCAGUCGAUCGCAGUCCAUCGAUUUCAGAACCAUCAGACAGGGAAUUGUUUUGCCACAUAA